AUGAUGUCAAACAACGAGGAUGUCGAGACGACCAACAGAGGGUUGGAGCGACACGGUCACGUACAAGUGGAGCUUGGGGACAAGGAAGAGGACUUGAUGGAAGCCACCAACGAAGAAGAAGAAGAAAACGCAGAUGAGGACCCCAGUUCCUCGUCCUCUGAUGAAGAAGAGGACGACGACAUGGGCAGGGACAAGGAGGCUGAAGAAGACGGCUCGGAAGCGACGCAGACCGCUGCGGCGCAGAACGAAGAAGAAGAUGACCCCGAGGCCAACUGGGAGGCCAAGUUGCCCGAGCCUGAGGCUGGUGGCCCUGCAGCCGAGAAGCGGCUCAUCAAGGAGCUCGACUGGGAGCGAAAGAAGACCGGCAAGAACCAGACCUGGUAUCUUCUCUCGGCCAAGUGGCUCGAGGACUGGAAGACGUACGUAGACUACGACGAUGCAGAGAGCGACUCGGAUGAAGAUGACGAAGGCGCCGAGAAGGUCCGCCCGGGUCCGAUCACCAAUUCGAUGCUACUCGAGCCGCAGAGCGACUACCUGCGCAGAGAGUGCACCGAAGGGCGGCACUACAUCAUCGUGCCCGAGGAGGCCUGGCGCCUGUGGUGGAAGUGGUACGCGGGCGGGCCGCCGCUGCCGCGCAAGACCGUCACCACCGGCUGGUACAAUCAGCAGUACGUCGUCGAAGUGCGGCUGCUGCACCUCAAAUUCGUCAAAUCGUCGGACAAGAACGUCGAACUCCCGAGCUCCUUCUCCAAGACCGCCACCAUUGGCGACCUCAAGAAGAGGAUGUGCAAGCGGCUCAAGGUCGACCCCGCCAACGUGCGCCUCUGGGACUGGCACGCGCGGAACAAGAUCAAGCUGCUGACGGACAUGACGGACACGCUGGACGAAGCGCAGAUCAUCGACAACCAGCUGGUCCUGUUCGAGGAGAAGGACCCGGCCACCGGCAAGUUCCCCGAGGAUACCUACGGCAGCAGCUACCGCGCCUCGGGCUACGGCUCGUCCUCGACCUACGGCUCGUCUUCUGGCUACGGCUCCUCGUCCAUCUACGGCUCCUCGUCGUACAGCUAUUCUCGUUACAGCGAGCCAGGCGAGCCGGGCGUGUGCGGAUUGCAGAACCUGGGCAACACCUGCUUCAUGAACUCGGCGCUCCAGUGCCUCUCCAACACGGCGCCGCUGACCAACUUCUUCCUGCGCGGCACCUACAAGGACGACGUCAACGAGGUCAACCCCCUGGGCACCAAGGGCGAGCUGGUCGAAGCCUACACGGGGCUGCUCCGGGAGAUCUGGUCCGGCUCGGCGCGCUCCACCCCCCCGCGCUCGUUCAAGUACAAGCUGGAGCGUUUCGCGCCUCAGUUCAGCGGCUACCAGCAGCACGACUCCCAGGAGCUUCUCGGCUUCCUUCUCGACGGCAUUCACGAGGAUUUGAACCGCAUCAAGCAGAAGCCCUACGUUGAGUCCAAGGAAGCCGACGGACGACCGGACACCGAGGUCGCCGAGGAAACGUGGCAGGGCCACCGCGCGCGUAACGAUUCGGUGAUUGUGGACAGGUUCCAGGGCCAGCUCAAGUCCACUCUCAUUUGCCCCGAGUGCUCCAAGGUGUCCAUCACGUUCGACCCCUUCAUGUACUUGUCGCUGCCUCUUCCUAUGAAGAUGACCCGUCGCUUGGCUGUCACCUUUAUCUCGCGCGACCCCGCGCGCCGUCCGGUCAAAUACGCGCUCGACGUACCCAAGCAUGGGUCCAUUAAGGAGUUGAGGAUGGCCGUCGCGGUGUUCGUGGGCGUGGACGCUCGCAACCUGAUUCUGGCCGACCUCUACAACUCCAGGUUCUUCAAGGAGUACAGCGACCGCGAGAGCCUGGACGUCAUCCAGGAUCGCGACGUCACCGUCGUCUACGAACUGCCCCCCAACCCAGCUGCGGAGGAGAAGGCCAAAGUCGAGCCCGAGCCUGAACCCGAGCCCGUGGAGGACCCCUCGGACGACGACGACCAGGUCUGGGGCGACGGCUACUCCUACAGGAGCAUGGGAGUGUCGAGGGCGACGGCCCAACCCAAGGUGGAGGAGCCCAAGGACGGCAUCAUCCAGGUGCGCGUGCUCAACCGCAAGGACGAGACUGUCACGCACCGUACCUACUACGGCACCCCGACGAGCUACACGCGCAAGACCCUCUUCGGCGUGCCCUUCAUCCUCCAGAUCCCCAACAAGAUCACCUACGCCGACCUCUACCGCGAGGCCCUGCACCAGCUGCAGCGCUUUUUGAAGGGCAUGCCCGAUCAAGUGCCUGUCGAGGAGCCGAUGGAGGCUGAGCAGGAAACGCAAGAGCAGGCGGCCGCAGAGGAGCAGCAACCUCAGCAGCAGGAGGAGCAGGCGGCAGAUCAGACCGGCAUCGAGGAGGCCGAAGAACCUGUGCAUUCGGGCGAAUCCAGAGCGUCCGCAAAGAAGAACAAGGGCGAAAGCUACGGCAGCGACAACGAACACGACGACGAUUCGUUCUCUUCCUCUUCUGACGAGGCCGAGCCUUCGUACUCGAGGAGCAGCUCGAGCUACCGGCAGCCUGUCGAGACCAAGGCGCCCGUUAUACCCGAAUCGAUCGACGGCCGACCGCUCCUCUUCACCCUCAAGCUGGUGGAUCAUUUCGGCGUCAACGAUCACGUCGAGUUCUCGGGCGGCAAGCACGGUGAGGAAGUCAUCACACUGAAGAACACGCAGACGGUUGCGCUCUGCUGGCGUAACGAAAGCCUGUCGUUCUACGAUGAUGAAAAGGAGAUCGACAUGGAGGUGCAUCCUUCUGCCAGGCCCGUCGAGCGCGAUGAGGGCGAUCAGAGUGUGUCCUUGUAUGACUGCUUGGAGCUGUUCACCCAGGCAGAGCAGCUGGGACCCGAAGACCCUUGGUAUUGCAACAAGUGCGCGGAAUUCAGACAGGCCACGAAGAAGUUCGACGUGUGGAAGGUGCCGCGCAUCCUCGUGGUGCACCUCAAGCGAUUCUCCUACAGGAACAAGUACUGGCGAGAGAAGCUCGACACCUUCGUCGAUUUCCCUCUGGACGAUCUCGACCUCUCGCCUCACGUUCUCGGACCCGUCUCCACGCCUCCCGUGUACGAACUCUAUGCGGUGUCGAACCACUACGGCUCCCUCGGCGGUGGCCACUACACGGCCUACGCCAAGAAUCACCGCGAGAACAAGUGGUACAAGUUUGACGAUUCGAGCGUGUCGUCCGUGCAAGCCGAGUCCGUCAAGACCUCGGCGGCCUACGUCCUCUUCUACCGACUUAAGGAAGACGCCAGCGAGUGGCGAGGCUUGUCCGUUGCCGAGGCCGAGAGCGGCGAAACCGCGGCGCCUUCGGCCGAAUCGGCGACAACGGCGACGACAGCUGCCGAUGCUGCCGACGACGACUCGUCAUCGAGCUCCUCCGACUCAGAAGACGCCGAGCCCGAACACUCGGACGCCGACGGUGAGGCGGGUGAUGUCGAUAUGCAAGAUCCAGAGGGCGAUCAGUGA